UGGCCAGGGCGAAAACUAUGCGGCACGAGGCACGAUGAUGGGGCCAAGAAUCGGUGGCCUAGCGAGCGGGAAAAAGCUGGACCGAUGCCAGAAGCAGCGUCACACUUGGACAGUGUUGCUGGUGUAUUUGGGCAUCUGCGCUGCGCUGCCUGUCACGAUUCUCUCCGCGCCUGUGCGACUACGUGAAAUAUCGAAGGAAGGCUCGCAGAGGAGGCCAAACGACGCCAAUAAUGACUCAGCCGAAGGAGAUCUGCCGGUUUUCGAACCGACAGCGGCGAACGUCAGCGCAUUCGUCGGACAAACCGUGUACCUGCCGUGUCGUGUGAGAAAUUUAGGGGAUAAAGUGGUGUCCUGGAUGAGAAGCAAGGACCUCCACAUUCUCACGUCAGGAAACGCCCUGUUCAGCUCGGACACUAGGUUCGGCCCUCAGCACACACCGGGUAGCGACGCGUGGACACUACGACUGGACAACGCGAGGAAGACGGACUCUGGCAAGUACGAAUGCCAGGUGAACACCGAGCCCAAAAUGAUGUAUGCUGUUCAGCUGUCCGUGCGAGAUCCUGACAAACCGGAGGGAUACGACGAGCCGCAUUCUCAGCAGACGCGAAUAAGUUACGAGAGCACGGCGCCAGUGGCGGCCAUAAUGGGUCCUCGGGAGCAGAGGGUGGCAUCGGGGUCGACGAUCACCAUGAGGUGCGUCAUAUUGUCCCCGUAUCAGACCCGGCCCAUCAGGGGCGUGCAAUGGCUCCGGGAUAACAAACUCCUAACAUUCCAGGCUGCACGAGGGGGAAUAAACGUGGAGACUGAAAGAGGCGCGGCACGGACGGUCUCGGAAUUGACUCUGGCGGCGGUCACGCCGAACGAUGUCGGGAAAUAUUCCUGCAGACCCACCGAGGGACGAACCGACACUGUAAUGCUGAUCGUCGAACCAGGAGAACGUACGGAAGCCAUGCAACGUGACGCCGGAUACGUCUCUUCCGGAUGUGACGUCAGCCACUGGGCCGGGCUUCUACUUCCGUUCACGUGGUUUCUAAUACUCGCACGAAACAGCCAAACUUUCCUGCAGUAGCG